AUUCGUUCAAUUGUGUGGAAUGCAGAUGACAGCAAACUGAUCUCUGGUGGCACAGAUGGUGCUGUAUAUGAAUGGAAUCUGUCCUCAGGAAAGAGAGAGACAGAAUGUGUGCUCAAGUCCUGCAGCUACAAUUGUGUUACCAUCUCCCCCGAUUCCAAAAUUAUCUUUGCUGUUGGAUCGGACCAGACCAUCAAGGAGAUUGCAGAUUCUUCGAUCCUUCGAGAGAUGUCAGCAUUUGACGUCAUCUACACAGCCAUUGUCAUCUCGCAUUCCGGGCGCAUGAUGUUUGUGGGCACCUCAGUGGGAACCGUUCGUGCCAUGAAGUACCCUCUGCCUUUGCAGAAAGAAUUCAAUGAGUACCAGGCCCACGCUGGUCCUGUCACCAAGAUGUUACUCACCUUUGAUGACCAAUACCUGCUGACCAUUGCUGCGGACGGCUGCCUAUUCACCUGGAAGGUCUUCGACAAGGAGGGUCGGGGAAUCAAGCGAGAGAGGGAGGUGGGCUUUGCUGAAGAGGUGCUUGUGACUAAAACAGACAUGGAAGAGAAGGCUCAGGUGAUGUUGGAGCUGAAGGCUCGUGUGGAAGAAUUAAAAAUGGAGAAUGAAUAUCAGCUUCGACUAAAGGAUAUGAACUAUUCUGAGAAGAUUAAGGAGCUAACAGACAAGUUCAUCCAGGAAAUGGAGUCCUUGAAAACAAAAAACCAGGUUUUAAGAACAGAAAAAGAAAAGCAGGAUGUAUUACAUCAUAAGCACAUAGAAGACCUCCUAGGGAAACAGAGCCAGGAACUGCAAGACCUGGAAUGUUGCAACAACCAGAAGCUGCUUCUAGAAUAUGAGAAGUACCAGGAGUUACAGCUCAAGUCCCAGAGGAUGCAGGAGGAAUAUGAAAAACAGCUUCGGGAUAACGAUGAGACCAAGAGCCAGGCCCUGGAGGAGCUGACUGAGUUUUAUGAGGCCAAACUGCAGGAGAAAACCACUCUUCUGGAGGAGGCACAGGAAGAUGUCAGGCAGCAGCUGCGGGAGUUUGAAGAGACCAAGAAGCAGAUUGAAGAAGAUGAAGACAGAGAGAUUCAAGAUAUCAAAACCAAGUAUGAGAAAAAGCUUCGUGACGAAAAGGAAUCAAACCUGAGGCUCAAAGGAGAAACAGGCAUCAUGAGGAAGAAGUUCAGCAGCCUGCAGAAGGAGAUUGAAGAGCGAACCAAUGACAUUGAGUCCCUGAAGGGAGAGCAGGCGAAGCUGCAAGGGGUCAUUAAGUCCCUGGAGAAGGACAUCCAAGGUCUCAAGCAGGAGAUCCAGGAAAGAGAUGAGACAAUUCAAGAUAAGGAGAAGCGGAUUUAUGAUCUGAAAAAGAAAAAUCAAGAACUAGAGAAAUUCAAGUUUGUGCUCAACUACAAAAUAAAGGAGCUGAAGAAGCAAAUAGAACCUCGAGAGGAUGAGAUCAAAGUGAUGAAGGAACAGAUUCAGGAGAUGGAAUCUGAGCUGGAGCGUUUCCAUAAGCAGAACACGAAACUGGAGCUGAACAUCACGGAAUUGUGGCAGAAAUUAAGAGCCACGGAUCAGGAGAUGCUCCGAGAGAUACAGAAGAAGCGCAACCUGGAAGCGCUGGUCAGACGGUUUAAGACCGACCUUCACAACUGUGUGGCAUACAUCCAGGAGCCCCGGCUGCUGAAGGAGAAGAUCCGAGGUCUCUUUGAGAAGUACGUGCAGCGGGCAGACAUGGUGGAGAUCGCAGGGCUGAACACAGACCUGCAGCAGGAGUAUGCCCGUCAGCGGGAGCAUCUGGAGAGGAACCUGGCCACUCUCAAGAAGAAGGUGGUCAAGGAGGGAGAGCUGCACCGCACCGACUACGUCCGCAUCAUGCAGGAAAAUGUCACUCUCAUCAAGGAAAUUAAUGAGCUCCGCAGGGAGUUGAAGUUCACCCGCUCGCAAGUCUAUGACCUUGAGGCAGCUCUGAAACUGACCAAGAAAAUUCGACCACAAGAAGUUCCAGAAGCAGUGCCCAGCAGGGACAUGCUCAGUAUCGCUCCCACCAUGAGAUUGAAUGAGCAAGAAGAAACUGGGAGAAUCAUCGAGAUGCAACGCAUAGAAAUCCGGCGCCUCAGAGACCAGAUCCAAGAGCAAGAGCAGGUCCCAGGGUUCCACACUCUCCCUGGAAUUCGGCUUCCUUCCCUCCUCGACUCAGAGGUAGACUUUGAGGUACAGACCAAGUGACCCCGUCUGGUGAGCCAUCUCCAGCCACAGCCAGAAGCAGCACCACGUGCAUGUGCUCAGGCCAAACUCAUGCUGGAGUCCCUGCAGUCCCUGCAGCAUUGACCCCACCAACCUCUUUCUCUUGCCCUUGCGAGUUUGG